UUUAAAAGAAAUUAUUUAUUUUUUUUAUCAGCGGCUGGAGAUUCCCCGUCGAAGGAACCCAAUUCCAAUCACCGGAACUCGAGACCAAUCGGGAAGAAUGAUAUCUGCGACUGUUGCGAUAAUGUCGCGACCUUCUUCAACGUUGCUGCUAGCAGCGCAAAGAGGCCGUCGGAUUCUUACUCCUGCAGCUUCAUUCUCUUCAUCUUCAGUUUCCUCUCGCAAAUUGAUUAUGUACUCGAAGCCUGGAUGCUGUUUGUGCGAUGGGCUUAAAGAAAAACUACAGGCUGCCUUUCUGCUCGCCGGCCCUAAUUCUCUCCACGACGUUGAUUUACUGGUGAGGGAUAUUACUACUAAUCCUGAAUGGGAGAGAGCUUACCAGUAUGAGAUUCCUGUGCUGGCGAAAGUUCUCUCUGAUGGCUCGGAGGAAACUCUUCCUCGGCUAUCUCCUCGUCUCGGGGUGGAGCUCAUUCAGAAGAAACUAGCAGCUGCCUUGCAGUAGGAGAUAAGCAGUCUGGUUCUUGACUAGACAUUCGUUUAUGCUUCAGAAAAAGGGUUUGCAUAAAAAGGGAGGAUGGGGAGGGAAAAAGGUGUAGAAAAGGAGAGAAUUUGGCCUGGUCAAAAGUUGCUAACACAUGAGCAAACACAAUAUUCAAUUGAAAGUUUUGUAGGUUUCUUAUCUCCACGGUGCAUCUCUCUCACUUGAAUUAUUACCAGAGUUCCAAACUUGUAAGUUCACUCAAUCUCUCCUUGGUUUGUUGCAAAAACCCGUCUUUUUGUUAGAAUUGAUCUCUUCUUAUGUUGUGACAGUUCAAAAAACUGAAGCCUUUAGCUACGAAAUAUGACCUAACUUCUUUCAUCUCUUUAAAGUUACAAAAUAGGGUACCCAAUAGUUCUUUUCAUGAAGGGUAGGAUGGUCCUUUCCCCGACUUCCCACUCCGCCGACCACAUGAUCUAUUUUGCCAAUCCUGAAAAUUUAUUUGGCUUGCCUUGCCAUCUCAAGCAAGGCUGUUUUUGUUUUCCUCUAUUGCAUCUUUGAUUGGCUUGACCAUCAAUCAAUCAAUCAUCAUUUCUUUGAUCCCUACAGCAAACUUCACUUCACUUCACUUCCUUCGAAGAAAAGGAU